AUGGUUCGCCGAGAUAUAGUGCCAAUGCUAUUACGUUGCUUGAGUUUACGAGAUUCAGCAGAACUUACCCUGGCCACGGUUCAGUUUCUGCUAAAACUGAGUAUAUUUGAGGAGAAUAAGACUGCUAUGGAACAAGGCGAUAUAAUUGGCAAGCUGCUGCAGUUAUUUCCAAUUGGAGAUGUUGAAUUACGUAAGGCCACUAUACGCCUACUAUUUAACCUAUCAUUCGAUGCGAAAUCUCGCCGAAGAAUGGUUUCCGAAGGUCUUGUCGCCCAUGUCGCACCUCUUAUCGAAAGUGAUGCCAAGGCGCUGAAUCUUCUAUACCAGUUAAGCGUAAACGACGAUGCUAAAGCCAUGUUGACGUUUACUGAUGCAAUGCAGUUGCUCAUGCGCGACCUUCUGACUGGAAACGGUAGCGAAGCAACAAAAGCAGUUUUGCUGAAUGCUUGCGCAGAGAAAAGGAAUGCACAACUCGUAUGUGGCCAUGACGGACAAGGGCUACGUUUGUUGAUGGACGCUGCAAUUGACGGACGUGACUUGAUGGUGGCAAAGAUUGUUCGGAGUAUUGCUAGUCAUGAAGGACCUACACAAGAUAUGUUUGUGAGCUCGAUGCCCAGACUUCUCGAGGCAGGAAUGAAGAACGCCCUCCUGCCAGAGGACGAGAACGCAGCUUUGGGUUUGGAGUUUAUUGGAACCGCAGCCUUAAUAAAAGUGGCAGAUUGGAGCAGCUUGAGCACCUCAUAUGAUCUCGUAAGCUGGAUAGGCGAAAGGCUGAAGGCUACUGGUGGUGAAAACGAACCUCUGCAACUGCAGCUGGUGAUAAUGUGUGGUACGAUGGCCAGACAAGUCGAUGCAGCAAGGAACUUAGUUCCGCUACUGGAGGUGUUUCUUCAACUACUUCACACAAUGCAAGAAGAUGACGAGUUUGUGGCUCAAUUACUGUAUCUUUUCCUUCAACUGCUACGUCAUCGUGAAUUAGCCAGUCGUCUGAUGGGUCCUGACUCCGCUCUUGGUGCUUAUGUAAUCGACCUUAUGCACGAUAAAAAUCCUGCGAUCCGUGAAAUGUGUGACAAUGCCUUGGUCAUUAUUGGGGAGCACUCCCAAGAGUGGGCUCGUCGUAUUGCUGGAGAGCGAUUUCGUUGGCACAACGCUCAAUGGCUUGAUACUGUUGAAGGUGGCGUGGCUUUGGAUGAAGGAGCUGUCAUGGACGACGACUAUGUUCCAGGCAUGCUGUUUGAUGAUCAGUUCGAUGACGGUUUUGACUUGGCCAAUGAUGAACCGCUUUAUUAG